CGCACCUGUCUUUACUAUUUCAAACAUGAGCAUUUCAUCUCUCAUGGUUGCAACCAACGCCUUGACUUCACAACCAGAGGGUUGAGUCUCUCUCUUGUACACACCCUUGAUGAAAUGGGAGGCAUAUGGGGUCGCCUGAGUUCACCACUAUCACAAAUGAGAGCAAGUUCAAAGCUCCACAUGAUGGUGGGCGAGGCAAUGAAGCGAAGAGUCAGUGCAGGAGGAGGAAGCCCGUUCAGAUCCAUUGAUGGUAUGCUCAUGAAGUUCCCAAAGCUCAUCGAAGGCCUAAAAGAGCUUCACAUCAUUUUCGACCAAUUUGACAAAGAUUCGAAUGGAACCAUCAAUUGGGAAGAGCUGAGACAGAUCUUCUCCUAUCUGCAACUGAAAUUCAGUGACCAGACAUUGGCCAAUCUCUAUGAUGCAUGUGAAAUGGAUGGCCACAAAGGCAUAAAUUUCGCAAAGCUCGUUCUUCUUCUUGGCUGGUUUCAUCUCCUAGAGGACCACCCAUAUGAAUCCCAUGCUGGUGAUCUGCCGCACAUAGAGGGAACAUUCAAUACUCUAAUAGAUGCGUUCGUGUUUCUUGACAAGAAUGGCGACGGUUACAUUAACAGGAAAGAAAUGGUUCAGGCCAUUAAGGAGGCCCCUUCAAAGGAAAAAUCCUCCAAGGACACCAAGGACAUCGCCAUGAACAGAUUCAAGGAGAUGGAUUGCGACAAGAACGGUCACAUUAGUUUCAAGGAGUUCCUUUUGGCCUUCACUCGCUGGAUUGAAAUCAAUGAUGACUACCAGUAAAAAGAAAAAACAACAAAACAAAAUA